AAGGGCCUUUCCGAUAUCACCUAUCGAGCUGUAUCUCUCUAUCAGCAUAACUUACAAGGAACGCCAAUCAUUAUGUAACCACUUUGGCUAUUUCCGAAGCUUAGCUUUAUUCUUUGCUUCUGGUUUUAAUAUCCAGCGGCCCCAGGUUUCUUCAGCCUGGGUGGGGUUCUGUCAAUGCGGAACCAUAGCCCUCACCGCGGGUAAUCCUGUAUCUCUUCGUCGCCUUGAGAUCCGGAAAGAGCAUCAAAAUUAUGGAUACCGUUCAGGAAUCCAAAUGCUCAACAUCCAAAGCCGACCAUGAUGCUGCUCCCAUUCCCGAUGCCGAACUGGCAAAGGGCGAGGUUGGCAUCGCGGGCCAGCUAGACAUGCCCAUGAAGCGCAAGUUCAAUAUUUUGAGCAUCAUCGCUGUUGGAUACAAUAUUUCAAACAGCUGGGUGGCUAUCGCUGCUAGUUUCGCCAUCGCUAUUCAGUCAGGGGGUGCCGUGUCUCUGCUCUAUGGUAUCAUCCUCGUCACCUUUGCCAUGCUCUGCACAGGUGUGACUCUGGCCGAACUGGCCAGUGUUUACCCUACCGCUGGGGGACAAUACCAUUUCACUUCAAUAUUAGCCUCCCGGCGUUGGAGUCGCGGGCUAUCAUACUUCAGCGGCCUCGCGGCGAUAUUCUCGUGGAUUUGUCUGGGUGCUUCGAUUAGUUUGUCUUCGACAAACGUACUCAUGGCAAUAAUAAUUCGCUGGCGACCGGAAUACCAGCCGCAGACAUGGCAUUACUUCCUUGUCUAUCAGUUAUUCAAUAUAGUGAUCGUUCUUUACAAUUCGUUCCUGACCAACAAGACUCUCUGGGUGUACAACGUUGGAUUUCUCCUUUCCAUCUUAACCUUUGUCGUUAUUACAAUUACGUGCCCAGCUCGGUCUGGCGUGCAGGUCGACUCACGAGAGAUCUGGGGUACAUUUGUCAACGGGUCUGGUGGCUGGCCGGACGGUAUAUCAUUUUUGACAGGCCUCACAACACCACAAUUCAUGCUAUCCGGUCUCGACGCAACCCUUCAUCUGGCAGAAGAAUGUCUUGAUCCGGAGCGAGUUGUACCCAAGGCAGUGCUGGUUACUGUCCUUGUAGGGUUCUUGACUGCAUUUCCCUUCUCUAUCGGUAUCAUUUACAGCAACCGCAACGUCGGGGAGUCGUUGUCCACCUCAACUGGGUUCCCUAUUUAUUUCAUCUGGGAAAAGGCCACGCACUCGCCUGCGGCCGCAACAGUGUUCAUGGCCUCCCUAUUCAUUAUCUCCUGUGUCGCAAUCAACGCCGUCCACCAAACAGCGUCCCGGCUUACCUGGUCUUUCGCGCGCGACGAUGCCCUCUUCUUCUCUCGAAAGAUAUCAUCUGUACAUUCUUCCCUUGGGGUUCCAAUAUACGCUCUCGUUCUCAAUGGCGUCCUCGUCUUUCUUGUCGGGAUCAUCUACGUAUGCUCGUCAACAGCCUUCAACUCAUUCAUCAACACAACCGUGGUCGUCGCGCAAAUAUCGUUCGCUAUCCCUGCUGCCCUCCUGAUCCUUCGUCGUCGAUCAACCGACUAUCUCCCAUCGAACCGGCCAUUCAAGGUGCCAAAUGUGGUGGGAUACAUCUCAAAUGUGGUCUGCAUUAUUUGGGCAGUCAUAUUGACUGUCUUCUUCUGCUUCCCUGCUGAGCUUCCAGUCACUGGCGGCAAUAUGAAUUACGCCUCAGUCGUACUGGUUGUCAUGCUUGUGAUCGGGGUAGCGAAUUGGUUUGCGUACGCGAGGAAACAUUAUCAUGGACCUAGGUUGGAAAUUUAGAUGUAGUGGUGGAAAGCAUUCGUGCGACAAGAACAAUCUCAGUCAUGUCACAGGCAGUGUUUCUCAUGUGUUUCUGGUGGGCCCGCCCGAUUUAUCUAAGAAACUUUCUGAAUUGCAACAAGUGCAUGAACUCUCCUCCUACACCGUAUCCAGCUGGAGUCGGGUAAAUUUCGCGUACAGUCGCCAACUCGCCAUCAAGUUAUUUAGGUUGUUCGCUUACAGGCGUCUGUUUGAUUGGACAGACUUCUCUUAGCGAUGCGGGGAAUGUCCAAUAUGCAAUCUCAGCUCC